AUGUACCGAGGGAAAUACGAAUGGGCAAACGUACGGAAUAAAGUGCACGGGGAUUGCUCGUUGUUGGUGCGCGCGGCUUCGCUCCAGAUCGAUGACGGGCAGUGGCAGUGCCAGGUCACUUCUAGCAGCUAUGAUGUACAGGAUGCCCUUUCAAGCCCUCCGGCAAAACUCGCCGUUCGAACACGACCACAAUCACCAAAAAUCCUUUUCAAUGGCUUGCGUGUAUUCUCCGAGCAGAAAAUCACAGUGCCAGCUGGGUCUAAAUUAACUGUUAUUUGUGAAGCUAGAUAUGGAAACCCACCCGCAUACAUCGAGUGGUAUUUGGGUAAAAACCGCCUUAUAGCGUUGCGUCAAACAAACGUAUCGGAAAUAGAAAGACCACGUGUUUGGGCGGCUCGCUCCGUGCUAGACAUGGAAGUAAGCAGAUCAGCGCUUGGGAAAAAACUGACGUGUAUAGCGCAUCAUCUCUCUUAUCCAGCGCCGCACUAUCGAGUGGCUUAUACAAAGUUAGAUGUUUCAUUCGUUCCAGUAGUUUCCAUUCUCGGAGCGGACGCUAACAUUCUCUCCAGUCUAGAAGAAGGUGUGAGCACUUUGUCGUUGGACUGCAAAGCGGUAGGGAACCCGAAACCUUUUGUAUGGUGGACGAAUAAUGGAAAAUCCGUUGGUGCAAAGGGUUCAAAGCUAAUAUUGGCACCAGUAACAAGAAACCAUUCAGUUGGACCUCGUAUUACGUGGGUAGGUCCAGAUACUGUCGUCGAAGCGAAUCUCUUCUCGCAAGUGACUCUGGAAUGUAAAGCUGAAGGAAAUCCACCUCCGUCUUAUCAUUGGUAUCAUAUUUCUGGAAUAGCAACCACUACCCAAGACAUUUUAUCUAAUGGCCAUUCUAUAUCGUCAACUUCUCAACUACAGCUGUUCAAUAUUUCCUACACACAGCGAGGUCGAUAUACUUGUGCUGUUGAAAACUGUAUCGGACUUGAGAAAAGAUCUCACCAAUCAGAUGCAAUCACCCUGAAUGUGCUUGGUCCACCCGUGGGCGCCCACUUAGUAAAUGCUCAUGGCUGGGGCGGGGCCGAAGUUUCAUUUCAAGUUACAGUUUGUGCCGACCCAGCACCAACUAUGGCGUAUUGGUUAAGAGAUAAACUAAGAUUCGACGUACCUUCAGAACUUGAUCGGUAUAGAGCGUUAGAAAGAGAGGGAGUAUACGGUUGUUAUCUCUACGCACUUUUUAUUAGCAACGUUGGAGUUGAUGAUGCGGGGAACUACAUACUGCAUGUAGACAACGAUAUGGGAUAUUCUUCGCAUACUAUCGCAUUGACCGUACAUGAGACCGCACACGUAGCGCCACUAAUCGCCUGCGCGCUUGUAAUCGCCGCACUAUUUGUGCUUCUGUUCUGCUUUGUAGUUCGCUGUCGGCGACAAAAAGAUGGCAUCGUGUUAAAGACAGAUGAGUUUAAUGGCGACGCAAAAGUCACAACAAUGGACGCAAUAUAUGUACUACAACAAUCAAACUACACUUCGGGUGCCGGAAACCAGCAGGAUAAAUCUGGAGAAAAAGCUGGUCUAGAAGUUCUCAUACUGCAGCCCUCCGAUAUCAUGUGA